AUGCCGCCCCUAAAUCUUGACUUGCCGCGGGAUUCGUUUACACGGAGGUCCACAGACCUCAAGGCAGGCGACUGGUGGAUACUCGGGUCUACUGAUUAUGCUGUGGUCGACCCAACAAGGCCACGGACUUCAAGCGAUCUUGUGCGGCGUUUUGAGAGACCGAAGCAACUCGCAGAUGACUUGUACGAUUCAGGCUGGUACGCCGCCAGCCCCGGUUCGAGGGUGUUCGGCUUCCCUGAUCGGACGAGGUACAGCAGCUUCCGCAUCCAGCAACAGCCUGAGUAUGAGGGAUUGAAAGGCGGUGACGUCUCCCGAGCCCUGCAAAAUAAGUCCAGGUACACAAGGGACCCAGUUGCAGAUGCGAAAGCGCCCAAUCUUCUCCCGUCUGUUUCUCGCGGGCAGAGUUCCUUCAUCAGCGUUCCUGCCCGCAAAAGUUCGAUUUAUGUUCCAGGCGGCUCUUCAACCAAUGUGACGUACCAUGCAAAUGUGCCCUCCUUUCGCGCCAUUGUGAAACAAAUGCAAGAAGAUUCUCAACGCCGUCGCCCUAGCGAAAUCAGUAUACUGUCACCGGAAGGGCAGAGCAGCACGGCAAGAAUACCCAGCAUUUACUCCGCAAAUACUGAACUCACGAUCAGCUUUACAAGGAACUCCAGCUCCGGAAUUAAGGAUGAGUUGAACCCACGAAGUGGGACGGGAAGCAUCAGCUCCAUGAGCUCGACAGAUUCCGUAUACCACAAGCUAGCACGAGAAAGGCUCAAGAGAAGCUUCACUCGCCUGGCUUCCAGAAUGAGCACUUCAGUUUCCCGUGGACAGGUAGAGGAAUCAGACGCGGAUGUACCCCCAAAGGGAGAUGGCGUGGACCCUGCUGUUACCGAAGUCCGCCAACAAACAGUAACUGUCCUGAAACAACUGGAAGAGAACGCUCAUCUGGUACACAAGGAAAUGCGUAACUUGCAGAGGGCCGCUGAAGUUGCAGAGGAGCUGGCGUCUCAAGUGAAACCUGAAUUAGAAGCGAAAAAGCGUCGGGGUGGAUCGCUGAAAAUGCCAAGCGGUCCACGAGAUCGAUUGGGUAUUGGCAACCUGCAGGUGUUUGGGUUAGAGAUUGUAGAGCCUCACGCUGCUAUGACAGAUACUCAGCUCCAGGAAGUGCAGAAAGCAGCGGAGGCUGCACGAGAGCAGCGCCAGAAUCGACUUGAAGCCCUUAAGCGGCUCCAAGACCAUUUAACCAUUGCCCGCGAAUGCCAAGAAAAAUUCAGAAGAGCCCCACCAUCUACAAUAUCUGCUGCAUUCAACACCUUCGAUAUGGUAGCGGGGCACUGGUCAAGUUGGGAUCCGCACGCGCCUUUGCUUCUGCCGGUGGCGCUCGCGGCUCUCGCUUGUACAAUGGCAUACGACGUUUGCGCCACCGGUUCCACUGAGGUAGCAGCUCAAACCCUUGCAAGCUUAUUGUUCCAUACUGGUUCAGGGAAAGCAGCUGAAAAAAUGGUAAAGCGCAGUUUACGGCAUUCUGCAAUGCACGAUUCCAUGUUGGAACACAAGGCACUCGUUGAGAGAAUGGCUGUGAAGAUGCUUGCUCUGGUCCUAGAUCACGACGCCAGGUCAAGUCGCCGUGCUUCCUCCCAGCUACAGGUUCCGCGAGGAGAGCGCAGUGCCCCUGUGUUGACCAGCACGCAAGAUGGGGCUAAAGAUCCCACAGGUGCAAAUGCACCAAAGCGAGCUUGCUUCUUCAACAUUGUAUCUGUGGCUCAGGAGGCAAUCUUGGCUAUCCAUGAGGCCGGCGGUCGCCGAGGGAAACCCGUGUCUCUAGAGCGCGAAGCAGAACGGAAUCGCGACCCAAGAAUUAGUCGCAAUGAAAGAGCUCUGUUGGUGAAGCUGGAGUUUGCGUUUUUGGAGCUGCGCUUGCUCCUGAACAGACUUAUGGCUCUUCGCCUGGCACUCAGCGAGCUGGGGUGCACGCAGCACGCAUGGGAGCGAAUCAAUGAGUUUAACGUACGCGUAGCGGAUUUUUUAGGCGACCUGAAGCAUACCGGCACACAAGUGGACUGA